AGGUUAAAAACUUUUUACUAAUUUUACCAAAGCCUCGUGGACGGUUUCUCCCAGACUUCAGGAGCUGUAUUCUCCUGUGUAUUUUGGAGGUAAGAUAGUACAGAUUUGUUUCGCCCGCCGGCGGCCAGAGAGAUGUAAAUGGAAACUGUCAGUAUCUAGAAAAUAACUCAUCGGAAAAUGGGUCCCACCCUUGUCCUGGAUCAGUCCAAUUUGGUCGUAUUCGGAGAUACCAAGUCCUGACCCAAUAACCCCUCUUCUCUAUUUUGGGAUUUUCAUUUCACUACUUUAAACAUUCUUUAUAUAUGAUGUAAACAGACUGCAAAGGCGCUUAAACCACUGCAAAGUACCCUUUUGGAACAUAAGGAAUCGUGCUCUGUUCCCUCUCAAACUAACCUUCAAUGGGUCCUUUCUUCAAACAGGUGAUAGGGUUUCCCAAUCCAAUCAGAUUUCAGAAACCCCAAUAAACAAUUUAGGGAGGAUUUGUUUUUGUACGUGUAGAAAGUUACAAGUGUCUGUUUUUGUUUUGCUCUCUUUAAUUUUACGAGAUUGUUCAUGGAUCGUCUCCGCCCUAGACAGAGACUCGUUUUCUCUGGCUUCACUGAGGCUGAGAUGGAGAAGAUGGAGAAAUUGCUGAAGGAAUCAAGGCAACCAAUGAACAAGGAAUUCUUUCAAAAAAUUGCAAGAAGUUUCAAUUACUCUUCUAGCCGUGCUGGCAAACCUAUUGUUAGAUGGACUGAGGUACAAAGUUGGUUCCAAAAUAGGCAAGAGCAUUGUCCAUCCAAGUUGGCUUCUUCAAGUGAUGCUUCAAAAGAUGGUCCUCAUUGUCCAAAAAGUAGUCUUUCAAAUGAGGCUAAAGAAAGCUCGCAAAUGCCUAAAGCAGGAGAGGGAGUUCCAGAUUUAUCUGAAUUGGAAUUUGAAGCUAGAUCAUCAAAAGAUGGGGCAUGGUAUGAUGUUGAUAUGUUCCUCUGUCACAGAAUUCUUCCAUCUGGUGAAGCUGAAGUUCGCGUUAGAUUUGCUGGAUUUGGGGCUGAGGAGGAUGAGUGGGUGAAUGUAAAAAACGCAGUUCGAGAACGCUCUGUUCCGCUUGAGCAUUCAGAAUGUCACAAGGUGCAAGUUGGAGAUCUAGUGUGCUGCUUCCAGGAAAGGAGAGAUCAAGCUAUAUAUUACGAUGCCCAUGUUAUUGAUAUUCAAAGGAGAAUGCAUGACAUAAGAGGCUGCAGGUGUCUGUUCUUGAUUCGAUAUGAUCAUGACAACACCGAGGAAAGAGUCCGUUUAAGGAGAUUAUGUUGCAGACCAGCAUGUUAGGCGUUUUGCCCCUAUUUUCAGUCAUUUUUGUCUUUAUUUUAGUUUAUAUUCUGGUUGGGGUUCUCAUGGUGUUUGCGUUCAUCUAAUAUGUGGUCUAAUCGGCUUGGUUUUCUUAAAUCCAAAAACCUUUUUUCAAGGGGAAAAAGAAUUCCAACCUCUUGAAAAUUCAAGAA